AUGAGAUCUUCUGAUACAAAUGAAGAUGAUUUCUGGUUAGUGCAGUACCAGCGUCUUUUGGCCAUGAAGCCUGCAGGAUUGGCAGAAGCAGAAGAGCAACUUGAACCUAAGGUUCGAGCUGUCCUUCAGGGGCUCAUGCUGCAGAUCUCAUUCCAGUCUUUGCCCUGUGCAGCGCGUGCUCUACAGAUCCACUUGGCAGCAUCAAAACUGGGACCACAGAAACCAUCUGCUCCUUCUGAAGAGGACAUGCCUUGUGAGCCAUCAGCACCAGAUAUGGAAUCUGAUGAAGAUGCCCCUUCAGCCCCAGCACUAGAAGACCUUGGUGAAGGAGCAUCAGCCCCUCCAUUAGAAGAUCAAUAUGUGGAAGCCGAAUGUGUAAUUUGUCUUGAUUCUGGCUGUGAGGUUGUGUUUCUGCCCUGUGGCCAUGUGUGUGCCUGUAGUAAAUGCUGCACAACUCUUGCAGUUUGUCCAAUGUGCAGGUCACCUGUUAUCAGCAAGAUUUUACUUACGUAUUAGAUGUUUACAAAGUCUAUUA